UGAAUUCAUGCGGUGCACCUAUUAAUGUGCUCUCCCUCCCCCCGCCACCAGUUGUGGUCGGAAUGCAAUCUUUGCUCGCCAAAGCGGAACGAUCUUCCCUUAUCAAGCUUCUGCCUAUUUUUUUUUUCUGCAGCUCAAAAUGUGACUGUCAGUCGAUUUAAUCCGUCAGAAGGCAACCAGGCCAGCUAGCGUCAACGACAAAUGGCGGCCCGUGAAGCGUUUGGCGUCCCUCUGCCCGGCAUAGAGGUGUUCUGGGCGUCAUUGUCAGGUGCCUACUUUCUAGCUGGUCUCUACGACGGAGUUGCGGACAAGGGAACAGUUUCUGGUCGGGAUUUCAGCGGACAAACUGGCCUGCUGCGAUUUGCUAAACGGCCUGUAAAACGCUGGUUCUUAGCCCUGGGUGUGAACCUAGUCCUGGUAUACUCUGCACUUAGGGCGUACGUCAGUGGGGUGCCGGCCUAUGGAUGGGUGUCCGCUGCUGUGGACAGUGUCUCUCUGGCAGACGCACAACCAGAAGAUCAUUUGUCAGUGGUGUUAGCCAGUGGCCUCCUCACCAUCCACCUCAUACAGAAGCUCGAUCAGAGUGUCUUUGUACACGUGUACAGUUCUUCCACCCAGGGACCUCUUGACUUCCUAGCCCCCUACCUCUAUGCAGCUGGGGUCUCCCUAACCCUUUUUGCUCAGGCUCCUGCCUUACAUGGCACCACAGAGCCUUGGUUUCAUUGGUCUUCGUUCAAAUGGUAUCACUUACUUGGCGUGGGUUUGUUUGCCUGGGUGACAUAUCAGGACCACGCCUGCCAGCCUGCCCUCUCCAACACCAGACGCAACAGAGCUGGUCACAUAGUAACUGUGGACCACAAGCUGCCUAAGGGAGGAUGGUAUGACACUGUGGCCUGCCCGGGGUACCUGAUGACAGUGCUCUCCCAUGUGGCUAUAGGUGUCACCCUGGGCCCCCAGCAUGGCAGCUGGUGGGUGUGCACUGGCUACGUCACCAUCAGUCAUGUGGUGCGUGCCCUGGAGAGACGAAGGUGGUACCGACUCAAGUAUGAGGACUUUCCUCGCUCGAGGAAAGCGAUAUUUCCAAAAUUGCUUUAAUUCUUGUAUGUGGGUAUUUUGGGUUUUUCUUUUCUAUCAUAUAACAUACUCAUAUGAACACUCUAUAGCAUACUAAGUUUUUGUGUAGAGAUUGAUUUGAGCGUAGGCAAAUAGGACCAUCAUUGAUUGGUUGAUUUGAGUGUAGACAAACAGGACCAUCACUGAUUGGUUGAUUUGAGUAUAGGCAAACAGGACCAUCACUGAUUGGUUGAUUUGAGUGUAGGCAAACAGGACCAUCACUGAUUGGUUGAUGGUGAAAAUGAAAGAUGUAGGGUUAAAGCUGGUGUAGCGGUCACAUUUCGAAGACCAC